AUGGAAAAUUCGGGCCUUGUUGGUGCCGCAGCUACCGACGAAUGGCCACAAAAUGGUUCGUUCGUCUACGUUUCGAGCUUUGAGAUGAAUGCUCUCAACCCAGCUGCAAUAUCAGCCCUCUGUUUCGAUCCUUAUGAGGAAUUACUGUGGUGUGGAAAUUACAACGGAAGAAUAGCGUCUUUUUAUGCUCCUUCUUUCGAUCGAUAUACUGCUGUUUGUGCAACAAAUGCAGAAGUUCGAGCAAUGGAAGUAACUGAAGAGCUUGUUCUAUCCUUAUCUCCUUCGGAACUCAAGGCAAACACUCGCCAUGGUCUUGUUUCGUUUUCUUUUAGCUCUCAAUCAAUGCAGAAUCUUACAGCAAUGGGGCGUAUAAGUGGUACAUCAUCACUGUUUCUGGGAGGAGACCAAAAGAAACUCAUACAAUUCGAUUAUGAGAAGCAAAAAGAGAUCCGCGUGGCAGGUAUCAAGGAGAAGAACGCCAACAUAAUAAAAGUGAAUGGAUCGCAGUUGUUCACCGCUGAUAGUGAAGGCAAGAUAACCUUACGAUCAUUGGGGAGUAUGGAAGCUCUACGAGUAAUACCUGCACACAAUGGGAUUAUAACUGAUUUUGAUGUCAGUGGGAACAGACUAAUAACUUGUGGAUGUUCAAUAAGACAAGGUCUUCCGCAUGGCGAUCCAUACGUGAAGGUGUACGAUUUGCGUAGCUUUGCCGCACUACCACCUAUUGCGCUGUCGUUUGCCCCUUCGUUUACUAGAUUCUUAUCAAUGCCAGCUUUCUGCGACAAUCGAAUCCUUAGUGUUGGCCAGAACGGCCAAGCCCAAAUGAUGUUUUUGAACGAACGCGGUGCUGGAAUGCCUUUGAUAGUUGAUACCGGUGGAUAUCACUUGACAACAUUCGGCUUUUCGUCAACUAAGCACUAUUUGGCAUUUGCAGAUGAAAUCGGAAACAUUCAUGUUUAUGCUGAUAGACCUAAUCCUACAAUCAACGACUCUUCUUGGGAAACUGAUUUUGCUGAUCCUUCGCUUGGACCACCUCAGUCGUUUCUCAUUGAUGACACUCACACACCUUUAGCUGCAGUUCCUCUGCCAUUCUCGUGUGAUGACAGCUAUUUCUCAGAUUGGCCGGAAGAAUUUUGCCUGAACGUGUAUAGGAAACCCAAGCCUGUUCCUGUUCCACCGUCGUUGUCUACGAUCCAAUUUGUUGGUUACGUUGCGAAUCCUCGCGCUAACACUCCACUUGCCCGUUUCAAUGUCGUACCUUACUGUCAGGAUGGCCAAGAGGACUGUGAAAUUGUCGACCCCGGACCUGUCAUAAUUCCUCAGUUUUACCGCAAACUGGAGCUUCGACGCUCACGAAGCGGACGUCUUGACGAUACCUCCAUCUUAAAAUACAACAAGACCGACUACGCACCGAUGGAAGUAAUCACCUCCAGCUGUAUAAUAAACCCAAUAGUGCUGAUAUUGUUCCAUGUUUCUGCCCUUCGUAAUCUUAUUCUAUCCCAUAUUUGCGACGACGAGCACUGCAUAGCUUGUCAGCUUGGCUUCGUCUUCAGAAUAAUCAGCGACAAAAGCAAAUCAAAGGAGACCGCAUCUUGCACGAACUUGAUCCGUUCACUUCUUGUAACCAGAGGGUCGGAUGUUGUUGGACCAGUUCAGACAACAACACAGUGUCUGUUCUCAAGUGUCGUCAACUCGAUCAACAAGUCGUUGAAAAAUGAAGAAAAUGAGACCUUAGCCAACAUAUUGGAGUCUGAAUUAACGGUACUAUCAAGAUGUAUACGCUGCGGUGAACUGAACGCCUCUGAUGAAAAGAAGAUUGUUCUUUCCUUAAACUACCCUGAAGCGGCGAAUGAGCGGAACAUGAGCUAUUUGUUGGAGAAAGCUUUGCACGCUAAAGGACAACAUGAAGGGCCAUGCGCAUCAUGCAAUGUUACGACACGAAUGGAUGAUACCAGGAGGGUGCAGAGACUAGCACCUAUACUACUAAUUGAUACGAAUCCAUCUCAUCCGAAGUUCGCAGAGUUUUGGGAAAAACAACUUAAAUUUUCUGAAUCACGGCCUCGUUAUCGAGCUCCAGACAAGGAAUGUGUCUUAGAUGGUGGAGCCCGUGCCGAGAGACCAUGUCGUUAUGGGGCUGACUGUAGAAACAGAACAUAUUGCAAGUAUUCGCAUGGAACUGAUGAUUGGGACAUGGAAUGUGCUGCUUGGCUCGAAGACUCUGGUUGUGGUGAUUGGAAACACUUUGUUUCACCUUCAUUCUGCGCUAGGGUAGCGAAUGGUCUGGCUAUUCUGAACGAAAAGCCCAUGGAAGGUGAAUGUGAACAGUACGAACUGGUAGCCAUGGUUUAUGCUAUAGGUAAUGGCAAUGGCCAGUGGACACAUUCCGUCGCGAUGAUUAAGGACGACAUAGAUGUGAAGCUUCCGUGGUGUUUGUUCAAUGAUGUCUUAGUCACUCGACUCCACACGGACGAAGCGUUCCAUAUGGAUUCGCGGUGGAAGAUUCCAUUAAUUCUUUGUUAUGCUAGCGAGAAAUCAGGACUUAUGAAAGUUCCCGAAAGCCGGCUGCCGAUUCCUCCCUCUGUUUUCCAUACUGAUGCGAACCUCACUGGAAAUAACGAGGUUGCACGCGAGAGAAGAACUUUGGAUAUCCCCGGCGAAGGCGAUUAUGUUGGCAUUGACGCCGAGUUCAUCAAUAUUAAUGGCAAUGAACAGAAAGGAGAUAAGGAGCUGGGGCAGAAAUCAGUUGGUCGAGUAAGUUGUGUGGAUUCUACCGGGGAACAAGUUUUGAUUGACGAUUACGUGAUUACUUGUGAAGGAGACGUGGUGAACGACUAUCUUACACAGUUCAGCGGUAUAAUAAAAGACGACUUGGAUCCGAGCAAAUCAACAAAACACCUCACAACACUGAAGUGUGUCUACCUGAAAGUGCUGCACUUGGUCGAAAAAGGAUGUAUCUUCGUGGGUCACGCGCUCGUCAAUGACUUCUCUGCAUUGAAUAUUCAUGUACCUCCUAAGCAAAUGAUAGAUACGGUAGAGUUGUUCCGAAUUCCACAAGUUCCACAGCGGCUUAUCUCGCUUCAGUUUUUAGCAUUUUAUUUGUUAGGAGAGAGAAUCCAAGAUGGAAUCCACGACUCUGUCGAAGAUGCUCGGGUUGCUCUGAAACUGUAUCGAAAGUGGGAGGAGCUCAACAAAGAAGGGAACUUAGAUAGUGCACUGAAUAAUCUGUACGUUAUCGGGAAACAAACAGGAUUUCGCGUUGAACAUGAAUCGUCAUCGAAGAGCAUUUCUCCAGUAUCUGAAGCACCAACUAGUGGCAUGUCGCGGCGUGAGCGCAAGCGACGAGGUCGCUGGGAAACCUACAAUUCCGAAUUCAAUUCCGAAGAGGGGUUUUCGAACAGUUCUGUAGAUAAGCAGGUUGAGAAGGAAGCGGCUGCACCUGUCCCAAAGGCUGCAUCACACAAUUUGAAUGGCGAAAGUGUUGCUGUUAUAACGGAUGAAUUUGGCGGGAAGGAUUACCGUUCAGAUAUGCCAUUGAAGGCAGAUCAUGCUUCACGACCACUUUGGGUUGCUCCGGACGGUCAUAUUUUUCUUGAAUCGUUCAGUCCAGUAUACAGACAUGCAAGAGACUUCUUGAUCGCUAUAUCAGAGCCAGUUUGUCGACCAGAGCAUAUCCACGAAUACCAACUAACGGCUUACUCCUUGUAUGCGGCUGUAUCGGUCGGGCUGCAAACGAAUGACAUCAUUGAAUAUUUGGAGAGACUCAGUAAAAGUGCUCUUCCUCGGGGAAUCAUUGAGUUUAUCAAGAUGUGCACACUGAGUUAUGGGAAGGUCAAACUUGUCUUAAAACAUAACCGAUAUUUUGUUGAAUCUCGCCACUCGGACGUUAUCCAGAAACUCUUGAAAGACAAAGUGAUCCAGUCAUGUAUUUUAGAGGAAGAAAAACCCUUUGAAGAAACACAGACUCAACUGGAGAAAAUCAAUUUCCCUCAAGAACAAAUGAAGGAGGAAGAAAAGAAACCGGAAGGAGAUGAUGUUCCUGAGGAUAUUGAUGAACUAUAUGGAAAAAUGGAUGGCGAUGAUGAGGAAGACGCAGAGAUUCGCAGUCUCCAACUGCUUACUUUUGAAAUCAAACAAGAAAGUAUCGAAACUGUACAGAAGAGAUGUAUUGAACUAGAAUAUCCACUGCUAGCCGAGUACGACUUCCGAAAUGAUACAAUGAAUCCCAAUCUAGGCAUUGAUUUGAAGCCUUCAACUACUUUACGUCCGUAUCAGGAGAAAAGUCUCAGAAAAAUGUUUGGAAAUAGUCGAGCAAGAUCCGGUGUCAUUGUGCUGCCAUGUGGUGCAGGAAAAACUCUCGUGGGCGUCACAGCGGUAACAACUGUCAACAAGCGUUGCCUGUGUUUGGCCAAUUCCAACGUGUCAGUCGAGCAGUGGAGAGCUCAAUUUAAGUUGUGGUCCACCAUUACUGACAAACAGAUUGUUCGGUUCACCAGGGAAGCGAAAGACACCGUACCGCAUGGUCCGGACGCUAGCAAGCCUGUGGUAUGUAUCAGCACUUACUCUAUGGUAGCAUAUGCAGGAAAGCGUACAUAUGCAGCUGAAGAAGCGAUGAAAUUUAUCGAAAGUCAGGAAUGGGGAUUAUUGUUAUUAGAUGAAGUACACACCAUUCCUGCGAAGAUGUUCAGAAGAGUGCUGACCAUUGUACAAGCUCACUGCAAACUUGGCCUCACUGCCACACUUGUUCGAGAAGAUGACAAGAUUACUGAUCUCAACUUUCUUAUUGGUCCCAAAAUUUAUGAAGCAAACUGGAUGGAACUUCAAAAAGCUGGUCACAUCGCGAAGGUACAAUGUGCUGAAGUGUGGUGUCCGAUGACAUCCGAGUUCUAUGCUUAUUACUUGAGGGCACAAAUUGCUCGACGUCUAUUGCUUGCUGUAAUGAACCCGAAUAAAUUCAGGAUAUGUCAAUUUCUCAUUAAAUUCCAUGAACGGAGAAAUGACAAAAUUAUUGUCUUCUCUGACAACGUUUUCGCUCUCAAGAAAUACGCCAUAGAAAUGAACAAACCAUUCCUCUACGGAGAGACGAGUCAAAAUGAGCGAAUGAAAAUCCUUCAAAAUUUCCAAUACAAUCCUCGCGUGAACACAAUUUUCGUCUCAAAGGUUGCUGAUACAUCAUUUGACUUGCCGGAAGCCAAUGUUCUCAUACAGGUAUCGGCUCAUGGUGGUUCCAGGCGACAGGAGGCCCAACGAUUAGGUCGCAUUCUGCGUGCUAAGAAACAUUCCACAGACCAGUUCAAUGCAUUUUUCUACUCAUUAGUCUCACAGGAUACCGUUGAGAUGGGGUAUUCCCGAAAAAGGCAAAGGUUCUUGGUAAAUCAAGGGUAUGCCUACAAAGUUGUAAACCGUUUGCCAGGCAUGGAGAAAGAAGAUCUCAAAUUUGGAAGCAAGGAUUCGCAGCUGCAAUUAUUACAACAGGUGUUGGCUGCGUCAGAUGCUGAUGCCGAAGAAGAGGAUGUAAAAGAGGAAAUGGCCGAUGGAACUAUCAGAGUGAGUCGACGUGAAGCAACGAUGGCAUCUGUUUCUGGUGGCUCCAGUGUUUCAUACACUAAUAAAUCUAAACAAGCACUUGCUGAUCGUCACCCACUUUUCAAAAGAUUCCGGGAAAAGUGA